AAUACAAUAGCCGCGUGUGCACAAGUUGAUUAUCGGUAAUAUUAAUAUGACGUAUUUCCCGCGCGUAGAACGCAACGAGUUAGAGACUCGGAAUACGUUCAUCGAUUGGUUUUUCGUAUCAGACUGUAUUACGUUCGUGGUUCGAGUUAUUAUAGAAUUGACAAGUCGUCGUUUGUGAAGAACUCGGCUAUCGUGAUAAAAACUUAUAGAAAAAAUACUUUUGAAUAACAAAAUAAUUGAUCAUUAUAUAAUUUGUGUCUUAUGUGAUUUGCAUAUUGUCUAGUAAUUCUCGGUUUAAGUAAAGUGCUUGAAAAUCCAUAAUGGCGCACGCUACAAGAUCGCGCUAGUGUAUACCAAUAUUUCAUUUAUAUACAACUUUCGAUUUUGAUACUGGAUUUUGGCAAGAACAGUGGCCCUUGAUUACCAACUUCUUACGCCGUUCUUGUUCAUGUAUCAUUUUUUAUGGUGGUCGUCAUCAUGCAAGCACAGCAGCAGCCACAGCAGCAACAGCAGCAGAAUCAUCAACAAAUCGCAGGCACCAGUGUCAUUCUCAAGAUGAACGAGAUACAACAGCUUUCGACAGUUGGUAUAUAAUAAAAAAUAGAAAACGUCAUAUAAGCGGGAACCUAAUAAAUCUAUGGCAGGGCUAUUGGAACUUGCUCAUAGAGAAUAUCAGGCAGGAGAUUAUGAGAAUGCGGAAAGACAUUGUAUGCAACUCUGGAGGCAGGAAACAAAUAACACAGGAGUUCUUCUAUUAUUGUCUUCUAUUCAUUUUCAAUGUAGAAGGCUAGAAAAAUCUGCACAUUACAGUAGCUUAGCAAUAAAGCAGAAUCCGUUAUUGGCAGAGGCUUACAGCAAUCUUGGAAAUGUUUACAAGGAACGUGGCCAACUACAGGAAGCUUUGGAAAAUUAUCGACAUGCUGUUAGAUUGAAACCAGAUUUCAUUGAUGGUUACAUCAAUCUAGCAGCUGCAUUAGUAGCUGCAGGAGAUAUGGAACAAGCAGUUCAAGCAUAUGUAACUGCUCUACAAUAUAACCCUGAUCUUUACUGUGUGAGAAGCGAUCUCGGUAAUCUUUUGAAAGCAUUAGCAAGACUUGAUGAAGCCAAGGCUUGCUAUCUAAAGGCGAUUGAAACGCGGCCAGACUUCGCAGUCGCAUGGAGUAAUCUUGGCUGUGUAUUCAACGCUCAAGGCGAGAUUUGGUUGGCGAUCCAUCACUUCGAGAAGGCCGUAGCUUUGGACCCAAAUUUUCUGGACGCCUACAUCAAUCUUGGCAAUGUACUCAAAGAGGCUAGAAUCUUUGAUAGAGCUGUAGCUGCUUAUCUGCGUGCUUUGAAUCUCAGUCCUAACAAUGCAGUCGUACAUGGAAAUCUGGCGUGUGUCUACUAUGAACAAGGGCUUAUCGAUUUGGCCAUUGAUACGUACCGUCGUGCUAUUGAACUACAACCAAAUUUCCCAGAUGCUUACUGCAAUUUGGCGAACGCGCUCAAAGAAAAGGGACAAGUGGUCGAGGCUGAGGAUUGCUAUAAUACGGCUCUCCGCCUCUGCCCCUCACAUGCCGAUUCCCUUAAUAAUCUGGCCAACAUAAAACGCGAACAAGGAUACAUCGAAGAAGCAACUCGAUUAUAUCUGAAAGCGCUUGAAGUAUUCCCUGAGUUUGCCGCAGCUCAUAGCAAUCUGGCUUCCGUAUUACAGCAACAAGGAAAAUUAAAUGAAGCACUAAUGCAUUACAAGGAGGCUAUUCGUAUUCAGCCAACUUUCGCGGAUGCGUACUCGAACAUGGGCAAUACUUUGAAAGAAAUGCAAGAUAUACAGGGAGCUCUUCAAUGCUAUACAAGAGCUAUUCAAAUUAACCCCGCUUUCGCUGACGCCCAUUCCAAUUUAGCUUCGAUUCAUAAGGAUUCUGGAAACAUUCCUGAGGCUAUUCAAUCAUACCGAACUGCGUUAAAGCUGAAGCCCGACUUCCCUGAUGCAUAUUGUAACUUAGCGCAUUGCCUUCAGAUCGUUUGCGACUGGACUGAUUAUGAAGCUCGAAUGAAGAAAUUAGUUUCGAUUGUUGCUGAGCAACUGGAUAAGAAUAGGUUGCCUAGCGUACACCCACACCAUUCCAUGCUCUAUCCGUUGUCUCAUGAAUUUAGAAAGGCUAUUGCUGCUAGGCAUGCAAAUCUUUGCAUCGAGAAGAUUCAUGUGUUACAUAAACAACCAUACAAGUAUCCACGUGAGAUCGGUGCUCGCUUAAAGAUUGGAUAUGUCUCGUCAGAUUUUGGAAAUCAUCCUACUAGUCAUCUUAUGCAAUCAAUCCCAGGACUGCACGAGAGACAGAAUGUUGAAAUCUUUUGCUACGCCCUCAGUGCGGAUGACGGAACCACGUUCCGAGCAAAGAUUGCCAGAGAAGCUGAACACUUCGUAGAUCUAUCACAGAUUCCGUGCAAUGGAAAAGCAGCUGAUCGUAUUAACGCGGAUGGAAUUCAUAUUUUAGUAAAUAUGAAUGGAUACACGAAAGGAGCGAGAAAUGAAAUAUUCGCUCUGAGACCAGCACCUGUUCAGGUGAUGUGGCUUGGAUAUCCAGGAACAUCAGGAGCUAGUUUCAUGGAUUAUUUAAUUACGGAUGAAGUUACAUCACCAUUGGAACUUGCUAAUCAAUACAGCGAAAAACUUGCUUACAUGCCACACACGUAUUUUAUUGGAGAUCAUAAGCAAAUGUUCCCACAUUUAAAGGAACGUCUCAUCUUAACGGACAAAUUGAAUAUGAAGGGCAAGGUAGCAGAUAACGUAGCUGUAAUAAAUGCCACCGAUCUUUCUCCAAUGAUUGAAAAUACAUGUGUCAAAGAAAUUCGCGAAGUAGUUGUACCGGACGCUGAAAACAAACCAGUAGAAAUUUCGCUGAAAGUUGCAGAAUUACCAACCACUACUCCUAUCGAAACGAUGAUUGCUUCUGGACAAUGCCAAAUGUCCGUAAAUGGUGUUGUAGUUCAGAAUGGUAUGGCCACUACGCAAGUGAACAAUAAAACAGCUACGGGUGAAGAAGUGCCUCAAAAUAUUAUGAUCACAACGAGGCAACAGUAUGGUCUACCAGAAGAUGCAGUCGUUUAUUGCAAUUUCAAUCAGUUGUAUAAAAUUGAUCCGCUCACGCUUCAUAUGUGGGCACAUAUCCUAAAACAUGUGCCAAACUCUGUAUUGUGGCUGCUACGCUUUCCGGCCGUUGGUGAACCAAACUUACAAGCAACAGCUCAACAGUUAGGCUUAGCUCCCGGUAGGAUCCUGUUUAGUAAUGUUGCUGCGAAGGAAGAGCACGUUAGACGAGGGCAGUUAGCCGACGUAUGCUUGGACACACCGCUUUGCAAUGGUCACACUACUAGCAUGGAUGUUUUAUGGACCGGAACUCCGGUGGUUACACUACCAGGUGAAACGUUAGCGUCUCGCGUUGCUGCUAGUCAGUUGAAUACUUUGGGAUGCCCUGAAUUGAUUGCACGAACACGACAAGAAUACCAGGAUAUUGCUAUUCGUUUGGGUACUGACAGGGAAUAUUUGAAAGCAACGCGAGCCAAAGUAUGGAAAGCAAGAUCUGAAAGUCCUUUAUUCAAUUGCAAGCUAUAUGCAGUAGGCAUGGAAAUGCUGUACAAAAAGAUGUGGGAACGUUUCGCGAGAGGCGAAAAACCUGAUCAUGUGUCAGCAGUAGACAAAACUGAGAUGCAAAAAUUACUAGCAACUGCAUCUUAAGAAUAGUUCUCGAAUGUUUUUAUCUAUACAACCUCAAUUCCACAUCUGUUUUUCUCUCCCCCCUUUUUCGAAAACGUAGCAUUUGAAAUAGAUGGUCGAUAAUCUAUUUCACAAAAAUAUAAUUUUCAUAUAAAUUCCGUUUAUUCUGGUAUUUACUGUUUUGUAUGAUAAAUCAUCGAGCUUAGAUUACACAGGAUAACGUUAUGCGCGUACGUUCAAUUAAACAUUUGAUGUCCCAGAGAAAGAAAAAAAUUGUGGAUUGUAUCAUACGAGUCAUAAAAAAUAAUUAUGUUAUGCCAUCGUAUCUUUCACCUUAUUUAUAUAUAUAAUACAAUUCUCAUAGUCAAGUGUUUAUAUCUUUCGUUCAUCUUUGUGGUAAUAUCGUAUGUAGCCUGAAUUGGAGUGGGAUUAUGUACAAGACUAAUUUCUUUUUUUUUUUCAUUGUAUAAAGUACACAAUUGUAUGUAUACUGAUGAACGUUUGUAUUAUUAACGUGAAAUAUGCAGUUGGUAUUAGUAUUUUUAUUCGAUUUCCUUGAUUUGGAAGGUUUCUGACGCGUGGAUUGUUGACAAUGUUAAGAGGAUAUGAAGAUGUUCCCUUGAUUAUUUUUUAUGCUAUUGUAGUAAUAUUCGUCGUUUACUUCGAAUACGAUUGGCUCGUAAAAGAAGAUUGAAACACAAAAAAAAAAAGGUUCAGGAGCGGAUUACUUACACCAAUCUGUUAUUGCUAGAAAUCGCUGAUAGCAAAGAGUGCAAGUUGUAUUAUAUACAAUUGGUUAAUGAGAUAGACGUGUAAAUAUUAAAAAGAUAAUUGUUAGUUAUUGCUUUAGUUUGAUAGUGCGUAAGUUAAGAUUAAAGAAAUGUGUGAGGUAGCGAAAGACGUUGACUGUAGCAAACUUUGAGAUGUACGCCUAUAGAAUAAACAAAAAAUGAUUAAAAAUAUAAUUCGAAGGAAAGUGGCUGUUACGUUGUGAGUGUGUUCUGAUGAAUAUGCGAUUAGUAAGAUUGAUUUUUUCUUUGUGAAAUUCUUUACUCAGUCUUUUGAUAUACCAGUUUCACAUAGAAAAAUACAGGUAAUGCUUGAACGAAGAACUUGCUUGAAUUUCUUAUCUUUAUUCAAAACAUGAUUAUUCUAUGCAAUUUAUAAUAAAACGAGAAAGAAGGUGCAUUUUUAAGUUGAAAUAAAUUUUGUUUAAAACUCGAGAAGUUAAGAUAAGUAGGAAGAACAGCUUGUAACGUCUCGUUGAAUUUAUUGUAUGUAUGACCUCAUCCGCCCACUAUGUGUAUUAUCAACAUUGCACAUUCUCGAUAAUGAAUAAUUGUCCCCAUUACGCACAAUUUACAUCGAACAUACAGAUGUAAAAGUAACCAUUAAAAAUCUCUGUUUCUUAAUUACUAUUCCGGAUGUAGCUCGAACAAAUACAUCGCACAAGAACUAGCAGCUGUAGAGUGAAACGUAAAAUUCAAGUAUCAAACUUUCAUUUCUAUAGACGGUAGUAACAUAUUUGUGUAGAUUUACAUUAAUUCAACAUUUGAAGAACAUUGAAAUAAAUUUACCAAAGUCAAUAAAUUA